GCGAAUGGCUAAAGCGGCCAGACGUUUGCGGAGCUUAAGCUUCACAGCUCCCGACCUCUCCCCUCUGCCGACCCCGACCGGACACGGGUUCGGCGGCCCAAGUCGGGAGCAGCCAGGGCGGCAGGGCCGGAGGCAGGGCCAGGGCCGGAGGAAGGAGCCGCGGCCGCCGCCGCCCCGCCCGUCGGGCUGCCCGCCCCGCCCACCCGGAGCGAGGCGGAGCCGGCGCCCCGGAGGAGCAGGAGGAGGAGGAGAGGUCGGAGCCGUCUCCAGGAGCCCGUAGAGACAGAGUCCCCAGCGGCGGCGGCGGCGGCGGCGGCGCAGCACCGGCAGGCGAAUUCAUUGCACCACUUAAAACCUGCAAACGGUGGGCUGCAGAAAGUCUUGCUGAUUUCAGGUAGAAACAACAAGUGAAGAUGUCAAGCAAAACAGCAAGCACCAAUAACAUCGCCCACGCGAGGAGGACUGUGCAGCAGCUGCGCCUGGAAGCCUCCAUUGAAAGAAUAAAGGUUUCAAAGGCGUCAGCAGACCUCAUGUCCUACUGUGAGGAGCAUGCCAGGAGUGACCCGUUGCUGAUAGGGAUACCAACUUCAGAAAACCCUUUCAAGGAUAAAAAAACUUGCAUCAUCUUAUAGAGGAAUAGUGAAAUGGUUCCUUGCCUCUUCUCAACGAAGCAAAUUAUGAGCAACUCCUUGAAGAGAUUUACCUUCAGCUUGUUUGGUAACCACUGCUAAUAACUAAAAAGCUCUUAUCUUGGAA